AAUGCAGAGAAUGCGUUACUUUCGUUCAUCAAUCAGUUUGUUUUUUUUUUUUGAACCCAAAGAGCGGGCGUAGCUGAGAUCGGAGAAAAUCAUUCUCUUCUCUCAUCUCUCUCCUUCUUUGAUACCACCGCCACCGCCACCGCCACCUCCUUCUUCUUCAGCUGUUGAAAGAAAAUGGCAGACGGUGAGGACAUUCAGCCACUCGUCUGCGACAAUGGGACAGGAAUGGUUAAGGCUGGAUUUGCUGGAGAUGAUGCUCCCAGGGCUGUGUUUCCCAGCAUUGUGGGUCGUCCACGUCACACGGGUGUGAUGGUUGGCAUGGGCCAAAAGGAUGCAUACGUUGGGGAUGAAGCUCAAUCCAAGAGAGGUAUAUUGACUCUCAAGUAUCCCAUCGAGCACGGUAUUGUGAGUAACUGGGAUGACAUGGAGAAGAUCUGGCAUCACACCUUCUACAAUGAACUCCGUGUGGCUCCAGAGGAGCACCCAGUUCUGCUCACAGAAGCACCUCUCAACCCAAAGGCUAAUCGUGAGAAAAUGACCCAGAUUAUGUUUGAGACCUUCAACACCCCUGCCAUGUAUGUCGCCAUCCAGGCUGUUCUAUCCCUGUACGCCAGUGGCCGUACAACUGGUAUAGUUCUUGACUCUGGAGAUGGUGUCAGCCAUACUGUCCCCAUUUAUGAGGGGUAUGCACUCCCCCAUGCCAUCCUCCGUCUUGACUUAGCAGGGCGUGACCUCACUGAUGCAUUGAUGAAAAUCCUAACCGAACGUGGUUAUUCAUUCACUACCACAGCUGAGCGGGAAAUUGUAAGGGAUGUAAAGGAAAAGCUAGCUUAUAUUGCCCUUGAUUAUGAGCAAGAGAUGGAAACAUCAAAAACUAGCUCUGCUGUUGAGAAGAGCUAUGAGCUGCCUGAUGGACAGGUCAUCACCAUUGGUGCUGAGCGUUUCCGUUGCCCUGAAGUCCUCUUCCAACCAUCCAUGAUCGGAAUGGAAGCUCCAGGCAUUCACGAGACCACAUACAAUUCCAUCAUGAAGUGUGAUGUCGAUAUUAGGAAGGACUUGUAUGGAAACAUCGUUCUCAGUGGUGGUUCUACCAUGUUCCCUGGUAUUGCAGACAGAAUGAGCAAGGAAAUCUCAGCUUUGGCCCCAAGCAGCAUGAAGAUUAAGGUGGUUGCUCCACCCGAGAGAAAAUACAGUGUCUGGAUCGGUGGUUCUAUCUUGGCUUCUCUCAGCACUUUCCAACAGAUGUGGAUUGCAAAGGCAGAGUACGAUGAAGCUGGUCCUUCAAUUGUACACAGGAAAUGCUUCUAAGUGCUGCGAGGUAGCAUGAUGAAUGAAAAUACAGCAUCCUCGUUUUCUGUUGAUAAAAAGGGCUGUUAAAUCAGUUAAAAACUUAACUGAGAGGAAGUGGAGUUUGAUGGCAGAGUUAAUUCUUUCAUUUGUUUUUGUUUUAUUAUUGGCAUUGUUGAACAGUUGAUCUUUUAACUAUAAAACAACGCCCUUCAAAAUUUUAAUA